GGCACUCGCCGAAUCUCCACCGAUGUUCCACAUGGCUUAAAAAUGAUGUGAGAUAGUGUGACAGCCUACUACAUGAUAGAUAGAUCAACAUCUUUCCGCACUUAAUCGAAAUAAGUUAUGGGUAAAAGUAAGACUAACAAAUUUAGGCGUCCCCAGUUCAACGCAGAGGGACUGUCGGUAACUGCUGUAAAGGAAGUGGAAGAGGACCACGAUGAAGUCUGUGAUGGAGUCGACUCUCCAGCUGGAGAGUUACUGGAGAAAGUAAGCCCCAAGAUCUGAUCACAGUACUGUUAUUUGGAAUCAUUGCAGUGUUUCGGUCUAAUGGCUCAUGUCUGUGGCACUCUAUUUUAGAAAAGCUUUCAGGUCAGUUCUGCUAUUCAUAUACAUGUCAAUGUUGUUUACCAAUGUUUCCAUAGGACAAAUUAAAUGUCUUCCUAAGGAUCUUCCCGCAGAUGAAAAAAAAAACUGUGGCAGGCAAACAAGUGUUAAUAAAUAUUUUUAUAAUAAUGCUCAAAUGUGCCCCCCCCAAAAAAAAAAAAUAUUAAUUAAUAUUUCACAGAACUAUACUGAAAAAUAUAUGCGCAACAUGUAAAGUGUUAGUCCCAUGUUUCAUGAGCUGAUAUAAAAGAUCACAGACGUUUUGCAUAUGCACAAAAAGCUUAUUUCUCUCAAAUUUUGUGCACAAAUUGUUUAAAUCCCUGUUAGUGAGCAUUUCUCCUUUGCCAAGAUAAUCCAUCCACCUGACAGGUGUGGCAUAUCAAGAAGCUGAUUAAACAGCAUGAUCAUUACACAGGUGCACCUUGUGCUGGGGACAAUAAAAGGCCACUCUAAAAUGUGCAGUUUUGUGACACAACACAAUGCCACAGAUAUAUCAAGUUUUGAGGGAGCGUGCAAUUGGCAUGCUGACUGCAGGAAUGUCCACCAGAGCUGUUGCCAGAGAAUUGAAUGUUAAUGUCUCUACAUAAGCCGCCUCCAACGUUGUUUUAGAUAAUUUGGUAGUAAGUCAAACCGGCCUCAUAACCGCAGACCACAUGUAAACCACGCCAGCCCAGGACCUCUCACAUCCGGCUUCUUCACCUGCAGGAUUGUCUGAGACCAGCCACCCUGACAACUGAUGAAACUGGGGAGUAUUUCUGUCUAAUGAAGCCCUUUUGUGGGGAAAAACUCAUUCUGAUUGGCUGGGCCUGGCUCCCUAGUGGGUGGGCUUAUGGCCUCCCAGGCCCACCCAUGGCUGCGCCCCUGCCCAGUCAUGUGAAAUCCAUAGAUUAUGGCCUUUUUAAUGUAUUUCAAUUGACUGAUUUCCUUAUAUGAACUGUAACUCAGUAAAAUUGUUGAAUUUAUAUUUUUGUUCAGUACAUGGUAAAAUCUAUUUCAGUGCUGCAAAACAGUGUUUCACACAUACAACUGGAAGAUAAAAGAACAGAGAUGGUAUGAAAAAGUGAAUAUCCAAAUAACCCCUGUGAAUACUGUAUGUCUUUAGUUGCAGAGUCCCAGUGCAGAUGUGCGUGAGUUUGCCUGUGCCAGCAUAUCACGUGUGGUGCAGCAGAGCCAGACCAUCCCAGGCUUCCUCCAGCGGGAUGCGGUGAGACGUCUCGGGCCCCUACUGCUGGACCGGAGCCUGGCCGUCAGGGAGACUGCCACAGGGGCACUCAGGUGAGCCCUCAGCCUCCCACAGGGAUGUUCACUACCCAGUACUAGCCACCUAACAGCCCCCCUGAGAGAUGUGAGAGGGAUGGUGUGGAGUCUGGACUGAGGAUCAAGCCUUUCAGAUAUUGUUAGUUUGUUCGGAGAGAGUGCUAAAUGUUAGUUGUGAUUGUAGAUGGUAGUUCAAGCCAUUAUGUGCUGUAAGACAGAAGUAGGUUAGUGAAGGAUGCUUUGGCUUGCUAAACAGACACUGAGCGAGUCCUCUUGACAUACCACACCCUCAAUUAACUGUUAGCACUGAUGUAAUAGUUAUCGUUCAAAGACUGAGUGAUGUGUUCUUCUCACAUCAGGAACCUGAGUGCCUGUGGGGGUCAUGAGGUGUGUGAGGACAUGGUGAAACAGGACGUCAUGACUCCUCUGACUGCUCUGCUUCGAGAGGUGAGGUCUUCCUUCGUAAAUCAUUCCCAUGAUUGGCACCUUAAAGUUGAUGUAUUUAUGGGUGUGGCCCUGCUGCACAAAGGUUAUGUUUUUUCACAUUUUGAACAACAUAUUUCAUAGUGUGCAUGUCUGAGAAGUCAAGCGCCUACAUACCUCCAUUCCUUGAUGUGUUGUGUGUUUUCCAGACCUGGGUUCAAAUACUAUUUCAAAUAUCUCAAUUACUUUCACAUACAUUCAAAGUAAGUAUUAAGAUAGCGAGGCCUAUAUUUUAUUUGAAAAGACAAGUAAUUGAAUAUUUUAAUGUAUUUGGAAAUACACUUAGAAAUAGUAUUUGAAAAAAGUAUUUGAAAAUUCUCUCAAAUACAAUUUGGUAAACUAUUAUUUUAUUAAUUAUUUUUUUACAAAUGACCAUUCAAAUACUCAAAUAAAGGUACUUGUUCUGGGCUGCGUAUUUGAAAAUACUCACAGAAAAAAGUAUAUUAAAUACUAGAUACUCAAAUACACAUCUGGUGUUUUCAUAGUGACUGAACCCCAGGAUUGUUUCUCCACAGUGCUGUGCUGGGUUUGAGACCAAUGCUGCCCUCUCGUUAAAAGGGCAGAAAAACACAGUGGAAGAUGUGGCCAAUGAAGCAGUUAACUUGCUGUGGAAUCUCUGGUAAGAUAAAAAAAUAGUAAAUGUAGUAGUAACAGUAGUAGUAACACAAAUGUCAGCUGGUCGGUCAGCCUACGUUCAUAGGUCCACCUAGUGAUCUGGACAUGCAUCGAGUAGCCUACCCAUAGAUAUCCGAAAUUAUAUUUAAUUAUGUUAGCUUGCCAAUGUUUUGUAUGGUUCUUUCACACCAUACUCUCCUGUUGUAUCAUCACCCUGUCUGUCAGUGAGACCAGUAGCCAGGCCCUCUCUGUGUUCAACAAAGCAGGCAUUCUGGAUGUUAUCCUACAGUGUCUGGAGCGACACACUCACAACAUCAAGCUGGCUUUGUCUGCAGGUUAGUCUCAUCAAACCAAUUUUCACACCACCUUUAAUUAGCAUUUUCACCAUUUCAAUAUUUUACUUGAUUAUGUAUUUUGUAGUAAGUCCCUGCUCCCUCUCUGUCUUUAGCCCACUGUUUGCACACAGUGACUGAGGACAAUGCAGAGUUGCUGUGUAGUAUGAACAAUGCUGUAUUAGGGACUCUGGAGAGUGUGCUGCUAUCCUCACAGACAGGCAUGGCUCACACACUGCUCAGGACACUGGCUGCAGGUACGGCUACAACAUCUUUGUUGUCACAUUAUUUACAGAUUUAUACUUCACAAUGUCAACCGGUCACGUGAGGAACAACUGACUCCGCAUUCACUCUCUGACUAAGGGCAUUUGUUGCUUAGUCAGAGUCGGGGGUUGGAAGCGGUUUGUUGAUAGCCUAACUAAAUAACUAGUCUGAUUCCAGUGCUCAUUGUGUGCUCCGUCCAUUGACAGGGUCAGUGUGGAACUUGAAGAGCAGCCUGCCCACGGCCCGCCAGGCCCAGACCCUCAACGCCCUGGUGGCCACCCUGUCCCAGUGCUUGGAGCUGGAUGCUGGCACGCUGAUACCCCAGCACCGCCAGGCUGAGGUGGCCCGCAAUGCCACUGCCUCAGAGGCAGGGAACAUGGAGGACCACCAGGCAGCUGUAGAGGAGAUGGAGGAUGAGGAGGAGGAGGGGGCUGGCCCGAGGAGGAAUGGCAAGGCAACCAAGAUAGAUAAAGACUUCUCUGACUUCCUGCCUGUAAGUCCUGUCCUUUUUCACUCAGAAACAAACCCAUCAAACUCUUUUGAGUUUGAUCCAAAGUGACAGGGUUGAGUAAAGAGUAUUGCAUUUUCAGUUUUUAAUAUUCAGAGUACGUACAUGACUCCUCCACACUGUUAAAUGCUGUGAAACAGCUGAAUAUUGAUGCAGCACAGAGUAUUACAGUUGGUAUUCAGAGCUGUAGUGGCCCUCUCCUCAGGGAGAUACUGCUUUGUUCAGCAGGCAGGGAGCGAGGGACACCCACAACAGGGUUUACUCAGGGACGUAGGAGGUGGCUGUGUCCCUGCUGCAGUGUCAAUAGUCUGGUUUUCUUUCUCCAGAGGGGCAAGGAGGAGCUGAGGGAGGCGACGGCCUUGCUGACAGCCCAGCAGACGUCUUUGGAGAUCAUCGUCAACAUGUGCUGCUCUGAUGGUGAGUGCUGUGGGCGGCAGUGUUUGGGCAGCAGAGCAGUACUGACCUGGGGGGGGUUGUUUUCAUUACCAUUACUGUUUCACACAGCGGUCUGGUACAUGUUCAUAGAUAAGAGGACAGCAUUCUUACUGUUGUCUGAUGCUCAAAUGCAUUCUAAAAAUGAAAAGUCUUUCCUUGAACAUUUAGGAUUUAUAAUUCGCUUUUGUUGCUUUUGAGGUAUACGUCUGCUGUUGUGACUCAUUUUGUGUGUUUGUUUGUAGACCCGUCAGACGAUGAGUGGGAGGAGGCGUCGAGCAGCGAUGAGAGUGAGAUGUGUCCUGACAGCCUCUCUGAAGGGAACACCAGCCUCCUGUCCCCACUGUGUCUUUCUGCUGAGGUCCACGGGGCCCUGAUCAACCACAACAUCCCAGAGAAGGUAUAGGGGAUUUCUUUCCUCACCUAGCAUAAUUGUUUCACUUCACUUCUCAUGUUUGUAUUUUUUGAUGUUCCCUCUGUUUUCACAUACAAAAUAUAAAAGAAGUCAUGUCAUGGUACUAGGCUAGUCUGUGUUCCUACUGUCUCUGUUAUACCCACUAACACUGUAUGAAGGGGAUAACCAUCCAUGUCUCUAUAUGUUCAAGGUUCUCAAGAAGACCCAGUUCCCCAGCAGCGACGCCAUGGACGUAUGUCGUCACAAUCCCACCUGGAAGAUCUUGAUAAAAAAGUAAUUAUCUAUCUAGCAUGAUGUCAUUUUCUUUGUCCUUAAAGUGUGAGACACUAGAUAUUCUGUGAUAUACUAGAUCACUAGAUAAUUUGAGAAGUUUGUCAUGAUUCUAGUAACACUGAACCAAUAUGUGUCAAUGUACGGCACCAUUUGAUUGAGGUAUUCUCUUUUUCUGCCUUAUAAUGGCGUUACUGGUGUACUCUUUGUUAACCACACCUCUACCUGCCUUUUAGAUUACAUGCUUCCAGGAGUUGACUAAAGUACAUUUUCCCCCAGGAUGCAUCGGGUACAGUACAGAGCCCUGACGUGCCUUCACAACAUGCUGUCUACUAUGGACGCUGAGUCCCUAGGGGGAGCAGCUGCUCUUCAGGCUGUCGCACAACAUCUGUCCACACUGGUCUUCAGUGCUCCAGGUUAGAUCUACAUGUCAUACCAUCUCUUAAUUAUUUGUAUUAAACCCUCAUUUUACUAGAUAGGUUGACUAGGUAGGUUGAUGCUCUUUUUACAGCAAUGACCUUAACAAAAAGGAGUGUAAUUGUCUCAUUCAGUAUUUAUUUUUGGUUAAUUUGCUUACUCAGAGAUCCCUGAGGAGGAGGAAUUCCUUGAGGCAGUUACCAGUGCCAUGCGAUCCCUCUUACAGAUCAUAGCCUAUAUGAAAAUCCCACAGGUAAGACAGCUGACUCAAGCAGGGGAGGGUUCCCCCUGAAGUACAUUUUACCUAGCCUUACUGUCAACUGUCUGUCAGUUUAUACAAUACCACAGCACUAUCCCGAUGUGUCUGUCUUGGAUGACUCAUUGUUUAUGUUUGUGUGUGUGUUGCCAGUGUAUGACCCCCCAGCAGCUGAUGAGCCUGAGCGAGGCAGCGACCCGCUGUGGUGUGGUCAGUGUGAGGGUGAAUGCCCUGGCCAUCCUAGGCAUCACAGGAAGCACACUGGCUAAAGAGAAGGGGACAGCUGAAACUCUGCAGGUACUUUAUUAUUUUAAUCCCUCAUGUGUUUUAGAUAGCUAAGGAUUACUUCAGAAGGAACUCUUUUUGUUCCUCUUUUUUUUUUUCAAUGGUUUAACCCAUCUUGGCUUUGUGACCAUGAUGUGAUAACACUGCAAUAUCUUUUUUUAUAGAUGAUUGGCAAUGCCUUACUCCAAGUUGCCACAAAGGAUGCCAACCUUGUGGUUUGUGGAGAGGCCCUGGAUGCUCUGUUUGAUGUUUUUGCGGAUGGAGACGAGGCAGAGAGAGCAGCUAAAAACAUCAACUUACUGUCUGCACUGAAGGCACUUCAACCCGUCUUCAAGGCUAAGGUAAUAGAGCUGCAGCCCAUCACUAGGAACAGUUUUUAUGCAUUGGUUAUGCAAAUCGUAUUGUCAUCUGUUUAAUUGCUGUUUCCUGUCCUCUAUUAUAUGUCGUCUGUGUGCAGAUUCGUAAAGAGGGGAAGGGAAAGUACAGCCCUGAGCAGCUGUGUGUGCUGGACAACAUCAAAGUCAACCUAAGAAGGUUUAUUGGCUACCUGGAGACUGUGGUGAAAAAAUAACAGCAGCCUGACACUACUACACCAUCUGACUGGCUGACAUGAAAUGAAAUGACUCAGAAUAUACUGUACAAUGGACCCAGAGUUGCCCAUAGAGCCUUGGGACAGAACAGAACAGAGGGAAUGGCGUUGAGGGGAAUUCCCUAAUCCAGUCCAA